AGACCACAAUAGCUCAGAACCACCUUCACACACCAACAUCUUGAAGAUGGGAAACCAAUCAGACCUUGUUCUUUUUGGCGGCGAUGCCGGCUGGAAGAGUGGAGAUUGGACAGCGAGCGAUGACAGAGUCCGGGGUGGAAACUCACAAUCCUAUCUAUCUAUUCAUAAUACAAUGGCAACAUUCCAUGGAACUCUAGACAUCACUGCCCUUGGCGGCGCCGGUUUUGCAAGCCAACGCACCGCAGGCGAUAGCAAGACCUGGAAUCUCUCCAAAUAUGACGGCAUUCUCCUCAACAUAAAGAAGCGCGACAGCAAACGCUACACUCUCACUCUCAAAGAUGAAAUACUUCCAUUGGCCUCUGACGGCCGAGAGCAGUCGACAAUCAGCUACGAGUAUGAUUUCAGUUCGUCGAACAAGAGCGAGCUUUUCAUUCCGUGGAGAGAGCUAAAUGCUACAUAUCGGGGGCGGGAGAAGGACGAUGCACCGCCGUUGAAUUUGAAGCACGUGAAGCGGUUUAGCAUCAUGGCCAGGAGCUUCUUCGGCGCGCAAGAAGGCGAAUUCUCAGUUGAGAUUGAGUCGAUCAAGGCCAUUUCCCAAUCUGGCGAUCUGGAGAAGGGCACUAUGGUCGAGAGGAACGGAGCGGAUGAAGUUGGCAAUAAGGAACCUUGGUCGUGGAAAAACUCAAACGCUGUUGGUCUGGCGGUCAUUCUCUCUUCUACAUGGGCCAUCUGCUUUGGCGUUUGCUGGUGGAAAGGCUACGACACGAGUAUCAUGACGCUUUCCAACUGGAUGUGGUGGCGGAAGAAGUAGGUCACGGACGAUGUUGUGAGAUCUUCUCCAACGCACAUGAGAUGACCUGACCGAUAAAACAUUACG